GUUCCUGUCAGACUGAUCAGAUGUUCAGUGCGCGGCUCAACCCGACGGCUGACUGAACGCAGGAGCGCCGGAGAAACGCUCCGCUCGUCGGGGUUAUUCGUUUCCAAGGCUGAUCUCCAGGGGAAUAUACAGCCUCCGGACCGACUGCGUGUUGGAUCACGUCCCCCUGGGGGGUCGAGGGAGGAAAGAAAUAUAACAGAAGGAGGGAUAGGGAGAGAGAGAGUGCUAGAGAGAGAAGACACGCUGGACUUGCUGUAGCUCUGCGGGGCUUGCUGCCUCUCUCUGGUUUGGGGAGCCUCGGGGGCGAUGCUGCUGGGCGGGGAUGCUGCACGGUUUCUGGCCGAUGGCGGAGAAGAUGCGAGCCGCUGCUACACACCCGCACCGCCGCCGUCGUAUUUCCCGAACAAGAAUUGAUGAUAGUGAUGAUGCUGCCUCCCCCAGUGGUCUUUUUCUGCUCCUCCGGAUCCUACUCGUCCUGGAUUCUUCUCCCAACCUUGGAUUAUAGAUGAUUGUUGUGGACAUUAUUUUUCUUUUAACUUCAUCAACUCUUUUUUUCCGGGGGGAAGUGUGGGAAGACAUAAAUUAGUAGAUUGAGGACCGGUGUAUUUUCGUCUCCAAGUGCGCGCAAUCACGCCCAAAAUCAGUGACCGACGCCUUGGUGAGGAGGAGGGGGAGGAGGACGAGGAGGAGGGGGGAUGCCGCACCGUCCAUCACCAAAUAUCAACAAAUGUCACCAGGCUCGGAUUUUGGGGAAGCCCCCCUCAGUUGGCGUUUGCGUGUAACCCGAGUGGCGUGGUGGCAGUGAGAGGUGGCAGCAGGGAUAUCUACCGUGCCACAUCAAACAUUGCAGAUAAAUGGCACAAGAAUAAAUGAAUUAUUGAAGAUUGUACUUAUCUAUUUCUAUUUUUAUCUCGCGAAAAAAGGGGACUUGGGGAGGGGAAAAAAGACAACUGCAGAUCCUGUCAAGAUGCACUAGACUGUUGAGAGGGAAAAAAGACGCAGUCUCCAGCAAGGGUAGCCUACUUAGUGAUGAUUGCAAUAUGUAUUUAAACGCACAGCUAUGCAUCCUUCUCGCAUGUAUUUAAGGUGAUCGAUUUGUUUGCCUAUUGAAUUGCAAGAUCCGGCUCACUCUUGGAGAGGUUUUUCCCAACCAAAAAAAUAAUAAAAACUGGAUGCCUUGCUUUUUCGACGGAGAGAAAACGCCGAUGCUCUGACAAGAUAUCUAACAUUUUUGACAGUUUUCUCACCCGCCAAUAAAACCAACUGUGUUUUUUUUUCCGUCAGAGAACUGAUUUGCCAGAAAUUACAUAAACGCAUCGCUCUAUUUGCCAUUCAUAUUCCAAACACACGAUCAGAGACACUGUGCGUUUUCCCUCUCCCUUCCUCUCCCUCCCCUCUCCUCUCCUCCUCCUCCUUUCCUCCCUCCCUCCCUCUCCACACACAAAUGGAGGUAUCUUCUCGGCGCUGAAGAUCUGGGAAGGAGACACAGAUAGAUAGAAGGAGAAACAGACAGAGAUAAGCCAGAGAAGGAACCGAAUCCAACUCUAUUCUGCAUGUGUGUUUGGAGCCGAAGCUGAUGGGGUGGUGGCAUGUGGAGGUGUCACUCUAAGGUUCCCCCCCGGCUCCUUCCUAACCUCUGGCGUUUGGUGUCUGCAGAAUGGCGCGUUUUGGAGACGAGCUACCCAACAGGUAUGGAGGAGGAGGAGGAGGUGGUGGUGGCGGUGGUGGCGGGGGUGCCGGCGGACAAGGGGGGCCCGGCCGUGGCGGCAGCAGGCAAGGGGGGCCCCCCGGGGGACAGCGGAUGUACAAGCAGUCGAUGGCCCAGAGAGCCCGGACCAUGGCCCUGUACAACCCCAUACCCGUCCGGCAGAGCUGCCUAACGGUCAACCGCUCCCUCUUCCUCUUCAGCGAAGACAACCUGGUGAGGAAAUACGCCAAAAAGAUCACCGAAUGGCCUCCGUUUGAAUGGAUGAUCCUCACCACCAUCAUUGCAAACUGCAUCGUCCUGGCUUUGGAACAGCAUCUUCCUGAUGGAGACAAGACACCUCUGUCUGAACGACUGGAGGAGACGGAGCCCUACUUCAUAGCCAUCUUCUGUUUUGAGUCUGGGAUAAAGAUCCUGGCUCUGGGUUUUGCAUUACAUAAGGGCUCCUACCUGAGGAACGGCUGGAACGUUAUGGACUUCGUGGUCGUGCUCACUGGUAUUUUGUCAUCUGUGGGGUCUCAGCUUGACCUAAGGACACUACGAGCUGUCAGAGUGCUUCGACCUCUGAAACUGGUGUCUGGGAUUCCCAGUCUGCAGGUGGUGCUCAAGUCCAUUAUGAAGGCUAUGAUCCCCCUGCUGCAAAUUGGCCUACUGUUGUUUGUGGCCAUCCUCAUGUUUGCCAUCAUCGGCCUGGAGUUCUACAUGGGAAAGUUCCACACUGCCUGCUACGACGAAGUCACAAGAGAGGUAGUGGAAGAAUCGCCAUGCGGCACAGAGGAGCCUUCCCGGUUGUGUGCUAACGGCACAGUGUGUAGUGGUGGUUGGAUUGGACCCAACUACGGCAUCACCCAGUUCGACAACAUCCUGUUCGCCGUGCUCACCGUCUUCCAGUGCAUCACCAUGGAGGGAUGGACAGACAUGCUCUAUUAUAGUAAUGAUGUGGAGGGCAGUGCCUGGAACUGGAUGUACUACAUCCCCCUCAUCAUCAUCGGCUCCUUCUUCAUGCUCAACCUGGUGCUGGGUGUACUCUCAGGUGAAUUUGCCAAAGAGAGAGAGCGAGUGGAGAACAGGAGUGAGUUCCUCAAGCUGAGGCGACAGCAGCAGAUUGAGAGAGAGCUCAAUGGAUACCUGGAGUGGAUCUGCAAAGCAGAAGAGGUGAUUUUGGCUGAGGACGAUGGCACAGGGAACUUUGAUGGUUCGAGGCAAAGGCCAACCAUCAAAACCAAAAACAACAAGACAGAGCUGCUGAACCCUGAGGAAGGAGAGGACAACAUGGGAGAUGCAGUAGGUUUUGCCCGCUCCAGUAUAAAGAGCGGUAAAGAGGGCUCCAAUUACAGUAAGAGGGAGCGACGACUGCGAUUCUUCAUCCGCAAGAUAGUAAAGACACAGGCUUUCUAUUGGACGGUGCUCUGCCUGGUGGGCCUCAACACCAUGUGUGUGGCUGCGGUACAUUACGACCAGCCUGAGCUGCUCUCUGAUUUCCUCUUCUAUGCAGAGUUUAUCUUCCUCGGUUUGUUCAUGUCUGAGAUGCUGAUCAAGAUGUAUGGCCUGGGCAUCCAGCCCUACUUCCACUCCUCAUUCAACUGCUUCGACUGUGUGGUAAUUGUGGGCAGUAUCUUUGAGGUGGUAUGGGCCACCAUCAAACCAGGCACAUCCUUUGGAAUCAGUGUGUUACGAGCUCUGCGACUACUCCGCAUCUUCAAAGUCACCAAGUACUGGGCUCCUCUUCGAAACCUGGUGGUUUCUCUGCUAAACUCCAUGAAGUCCAUCGUCAGUUUGCUCUUCCUCCUCUUCCUUUUCAUUGUGGUCUUUGCCUUGUUGGGGAUGCAGCUGUUUGGAGGACAAUUCAACUUUGAAGCCGGAACACCACCUACUAACUUUGACACUUUUGCAGCAGCAAUCAUGACGGUGUUUCAGAUCUUGACAGGAGAGGACUGGAACAUGGUGAUGUACGAUGGCAUUGAGUCCCAGGGAGGAGUAAAUGACAAAGGAAUGAUCUUCUCCAUUUUCUUCAUUGUCCUCACACUCUUUGGCAACUACACUCUGCUUAAUGUCUUCUUGGCCAUUGCUGUGGACAAUCUGGCCAAUGCCCAGGAGCUCACCAAGGACGAGGAGGAACAGGAGGAAGCAGCCAAUCAGAAGACAGCAAUGCAGAAAGCUAAGGAAGUGGCAGAAGUCAGCCCGCUGUCAGCAGCCAACCUGUCUAUUGCUGCCCUUUCAGAUGAACAGCUCUGUAAGGAGCAGCAAAAGAACCACAUCAAGGGCAACAAGUCAGUAUGGGAGCAGAGAACAAGCGAGAUCCGCCGACAGAACCUGAUGACGAGCCGUGAGGCGCUCUACAAUGAGCUGGAGCAGGAGGACUGGAAGGUGGGAGGGGAGGGAGAGGAGGUGUCCUACCCACGGAAAGGACGUGGUGAUAUGAAGACCCACCUGGACCGGCCGUUGGUGGUCAACCCGCAGGACAACCGCAACAACAACACCAACAAGACCCAACCUGGUGAACUGCCUCUGGACCAGGAGUACCGGCGUCAGGACAUCAACCACCACCGCCGAGCUGCCCACUAUUAUCAUCACCAUCACCACCAUCAGAAAGUCGUUGGGCCGGACAGUGGAGACACAGGCCAGCCGGCGGAGACCCGCCUGGAACGUGGCUUCAGCUACACAUCUCUGGGCAAUGUGGAGGGCCAGCAAGGAGAGGAGAGGCACAGCCACAGGAGCCACCGGGGCCACCGGCACAAGAACAGGGAAGGCAGGGAGGCUCGCAGCUUGUCUCCCCACCAGAGUGAGGGGAGAGAGGGGAACAACGAACAUAGAAGGUCCAGGCAGCACCGCAGGGCAGCAAGGGAGGGCGAAGAAGGCAGGAGACACAGAUCUAGGGGGACGGAGGGAGAGGGUGACAACGGCGAGGAAGGGGAGGGACGGAAGGCGAGACGGCAUCACCACGGCAACCAAGAGAGGAGCAGAGGGCAUCGUACCAGAAAGGAACACCACAGCACCUGUCCCAGCCUCUCCACCACACGACCCAUACAGCAAUACAACGAGGACCUGGACAACUUCCGCAACAACAGCAAGCUGGCCAGUGCCCAUGAGCAUCCUUAUGCCCUCCCACCGGAUCACCUCGAUCAUCCUGACCACGUCAACAACCUGCUGAACUGCCGUGAUGCCGGCUCCCAUACUUUGCUCCACAGCAUGGACAGCCUGAUCCUAACUAGCAUGGCCAAACCUGAAUACACAAAGAUAGACAUGCCACCCGUCUACCCCUACCCAUCCACCAAUGCCAUCCUGCAAGUGAACAAGAACGCUAACACCGACCAGAAGAAAAGCGAGGAGAAGAAGGAGGAGGAGGACGAGGGAGGAGAUGAAGAUGGCCCCAAACCCAUGCCUCCCUACAGCUCCUGCUUCAUUAUGUCCACCACCAACCCAUUUAGGAAGUGCUGUCACUACAUCCUGACUCUGAAGUAUUUUGAGUUCAGCAUCCUGUCUGUCAUCGCAAUGAGCAGUAUCGCCCUUGCUGCAGAGGACCCUGUCUCGCCUGACUCACUUCAGAACAAUGUGCUGCGUUAUUUUGACUACGUUUUCACAGGCGUCUUCACAUUUGAAAUGUUGAUCAAGAUGGUGGUGCUGGGCUUGUUUCUCCACCAGGGCUCCUACUUCCGCGACUUGUGGAACAUUCUGGACUUUAUAGUGGUUAGUGGUGCUCUGGUGGCCUUCGCCUUCACGCCGAGCACCACCCGGGGGAGCAGCAAGGGCAAAGACAUCAGUACGAUAAAGUCCCUCCGUGUGCUGAGGGUGCUUCGUCCUCUGAAGACCAUUAAACGACUCCCCAAGUUAAAGGCUGUGUUUGACUGUGUGGUCAACUCUCUGAAGAAUGUGCUGAACAUCUUGAUUGUCUACAUGCUCUUCAUGUUCAUCUUUGCUGUGGUGGCCGUGCAGCUCUUCAAGGGCAGAUUCUUCUACUGCACGGACGAAUCCAAAGAGUUUGAGCGCGACUGCAGGGGCGAGUACUUGGUGUAUGACAGAGAUGAGGUUAAAGCUCAGAAGCGGGAGUGGAAGAAGUACGAUUUCCACUACGACAACGUGGCUUGGGCCCUGCUCACCCUCUUCACUGUCUCCACUGGAGAGGGGUGGCCGCAGGUGUUAAAGCACUCAGUGGACUCCACCUAUGAGAAUCAGGGCCCUAGCCCAGGUUACAGGAUGGAAAUGUCCAUCUUUUACGUGGUGUACUUCGUUGUCUUCCCCUUCUUCUUCGUAAACAUCUUUGUGGCUCUUAUCAUCAUCACCUUCCAGGAACAGGGGGAUAAGAUGAUGGAGGACUAUAGCUUAGAAAAAAAUGAGAGAGCAUGUAUAGAUUUUGCCAUCAACGCCAGGCCUCUGACUCGCCACAUGCCGAAGAAUAAACUAAGCUUCCAGUAUCGCAUGUGGCAGUUUGUGGUGUCUCCGCCCUUCGAGUACAGCAUCAUGUCUCUGAUUGCGCUCAACACCAUCGUCCUUAUGAUGAAGUUUGAAGGUGCAUCACAUACCUACAAUGAAGUCCUGAAGAACCUCAACAUCGUGUUUACCACCUUCUUCUUCAUGGAGUCAAUCCUCAAGAUCAUCGCUUUCGGCCCUCUGAAUUACUUCAGAGAUGCCUGGAACAUUUUUGAUUUUGUCUCCGUCCUUGGAAGUAUCACUGACAUAUUAGUGACAGAACUAGUGGAUAACUUCAUCAACUUGAGCUUCCUGAGGCUGUUCAGAGCGGCUCGCCUCAUCAAGCUACUGAGACAGGGAGAAACCAUCCGCAUCCUGUUGUGGACCUUUGUCCAGUCCUUCAAGGCUCUGCCAUACGUGUGCCUGCUCAUUGCCAUGCUCUUCUUCAUCUAUGCCAUCAUCGGCAUGCAGUUGUUUGGGAAUGUGGCACUAAAUGAGGAGGAAGGGAGUGCAAUCAAUGACCACAAUAACUUCAGAACCUUCAUCAUGGCCCUAAUGCUGCUGUUCAGGAGUGCUACGGGCGAGGCGUGGCAUGAGAUCAUGUUGGCUUGCCUGGGUGGCAAGAAAUGCGACCCGGCCUCAGGGAACACAGAGCCUGAAUGUGGCAGCACCUUCGCCUACACUUACUUUGUCUCCUUCAUCUUCCUCUGUUCUUUCCUGAUGCUGAAUCUGUUCGUGGCCGUCAUCAUGGACAACUUUGAGUACCUGACCAGAGACUCGUCUAUCCUGGGGCCACAUCACCUGGACGAGUAUGUAAGGAUAUGGGCCGAGUACGACCCUUCCGCCUGCGGGCGCAUACAUUAUAAGGAUAUGUACAGUUUAUUGCGAGUUAUCUCCCCUCCCCUGGGCCUUGGCAAGAAAUGCCCACAUAGGGUGGCCUGCAAGAGGCUGCUGCGCAUGGAUCUGCCAGUUGCUGAUGACAACACGGUGCAUUUUAACUCCACCCUCAUGGCUCUGAUCAGGACUGCACUGGAUAUAAAGAUUGCUAAGGGCGGUGCAGACAAGCACCAGAUGGAUGCGGAGCUGAGAAAGGAGAUGAUGGCUAUUUGGCCCAACUUGUCACAGAAGACACUGGACCUGCUGGUUACACCGCACAAGGCAGCCACAGACUUGACGGUGGGCAAAAUCUACGCCGCCAUGAUGAUCAUGGAAUACUACCGGCAGAGCAAAACGAAAAAGCUGCAGGCCCUGCGAGAGGAACAGAACCGAACGCCAUUAAUGUUUCAGCGCAUGGAGCCACCCUCUGAGGGAGGGGGCACGGAUGGCCAGGGGGGCCAAGGCCUGAACGGCCUCCCCAACACCCAGCCGGACAACCUCAACAGCAUACCUCCUGAGGGUGGCAUGACUGAGAGCCAGUCGUGGGUGACGGCCAAGGCCCAGGAAAUGUUCCAGAAGACGGGCAACUGGAGCCCCGACAGGCCCUACCCCGAUGAUCUCCACAACAACCGUCACAACCCGCAGACGGUAGAGAUGAGGGAGAUGGGGCGGGACGGGUACUCCGACACUGAGCCCUAUCACCCAAUGGAUGUGCAUGGGCGGACCCUCUCCAUGCCCCGCCUCUCGGCAGACAACCAAAGAGCUCAUGCUGUUUCGCGGAGGAGACACAGGCCUCGUGGAAAUAACCUCAGUACCAUCACUGACACCAGUCCGAUGCGACGCUCCACCUCCAGCCUGGUCCAUGGACGUACAGGUCGGGGCGUGAGGCUGGACGACUACUCCCUGGAGAGGGUGGUGUCUGAAGAGGGGAGACACGGAGGAGGACGCAGACACAGAGACAGGAGUCACCGUGCCUCACAGCGCUCCCUGACCAGAUAUACAGACGCAGACACGGGCCUGGGCACAGACCUCAGCACUACCACGCAGUCGGGCGACCUUCCACCCAAGGAGCGCGAGCGGGACCGCGGCCGGACCAAGGACCGCCGUCACCACCAUCACCACCAUCACCAUCACAGCUCCAUGGACAAAGAGCGCUAUGGCCCUGACCGCCCUGACUACACCCACAGGCAUCCACACGACCGCCACUGGUCCCGCUCACCCAGUGAGGGGCCUGAUGGACGAGGACACAGACAGGGCAGUAGUUCGGUGAGCGGCAGCCCGGUCCCGUCCACUUCGGGGACCAGCACUCCUCGGAGAGGCCGUCGGCAGCUGCCCCAGACCCCUGCUGUCCCCCGUCCACAUGUCACCUACUCUCCCGCUGUCCGCAAGCCUAUCUAUGGUCCCCCAGGGCCGGGCCGACUCCGCUCCCCCUCCCCCCGACACUUCUCCCCGCCAGACCACGACAGAGGCUACCACCACCGACCCCCGUCACGCCAAGCUUCUCCCCACCACGGGGGCUCCUCGUCCCGGCACGGUUCGCCGCGCUCCCCUAGGCACCAGUCCCCACGCUCGCCCCUCCAUGGCUCACCUAGGUCCCCUCACCGAGGCCGCUGGAGCGGGCCUCCGCCAGGGGACAGCCUGGAGGGCGACGGGCCCUUCUACGAGCGUGACUACGAGUACGAGCGGCACCAUGAGCCCCCUGCCUACGAGCAAAGCCUCUCCCAUGGCAACCCACACCCACAUGGGGGAAAUCCUCAUCCACACCCUCGCUCACCUAGGACUGCCCGCCAUGGGCCCCCUCCACCCCCUCACCCGCACCCACGUAGGGUGCCCAAUGGCUACCGCUCAUCCUCACCUUCCCCACAUCGGCGGGGGCCGCCAGGGGCACCCCCCCACCCGCACCACCGCCCACCCCAUGCCCGAGGGCCCCGCAAGGGCCUGCAUGAACCUUAUAGUGAGACGGACGAGGAUGACUGGUGCUAGCAACCACAGGGAGCGAGGGAUAAGGGCAGGAGAGGAGAAGAAGAAUAGCAGUCUCCGGUGCUCUGGCCUUGGACAUGUAGACUUUUAAUAAAGCCGAGGUUGUGAAAAUGUUAGGCGGUACAAGGUUGAGCACCUUCCAAACCCUCUACCUUCAGCCCUAGAACUCUAAAUGAAAGGAAAGGGCAGAGGGGAGGGGGGGGGAGGGUGCUGCAAAUAGCUUUUUACAGAUUUUGUGUUAGUCUCAAAUCAGUGACAGAGCAGCGCAUGGAUAAAAUGACAAAGAGACAGCCAAGACAAAUAGGGCAAGGCCCGGGCACAGUUUACCUCUGCCUCUCUCAGUCUCAGAACUACUAGAAUUCUGUGCUUGACCAGCAAGGCCACGCUGCAGAAGGAAGAGAGAGGUAUGGGAACAGGAAAGCGAGGGAGGAGCAUGUAAAAUGACCAGGGAUGAUCGUGGUUUGAGGCCUAAAAGCACUUCUCCCAGACUGUCAAGUGAUUGGUUAGUUUCGUAAGAUGUGUGCUAUCUGUCGCUGGUUAAUCUGCUCAUGUAAAAGCCAGAGUCCACUGUUUUGACUUUGCUCCUCAAACAGAUGUGUUUAAAGAAAAAUAAAUUAACAAAAAGCCAGGACCCCUAACCCUUACAUGCCAAGCUAUGCCUCCAGAAAAUCAAACUUGAACAAUGAAGAACAAAAUGAAAACUUUACAAACAAUGAAAAGAAAAAAAGGGAGAACAACCACUUUAUCUUUAACCUUUUUCCUUUCCAAAGGACAGAACCAGGAAGCUCCGCCUAUACUGCAAAAACCAGCCAAUCACAGUGCUGGCUGAUAUUUGAUGAGUUUUAUCAUCUCUGUUUACUGUUAAAGACUCACUUAAUGCUGACGGAACUGGUGUGACAUCACUUCCUGUCCGGCGGUGGUGGUAGUGGAAGGGGGCCGUCACGGUGUGAGCUCACUUCCUGUUCGAGUGUGCUAUGGGAGUGUGGGCUCAGAUAACUUGAGAAGGGAGUCGGACACUUCGUCAAGCCCCUUCCUCCUCGGUUAAUCGACCCGGCGCAAGGCGAGGAAUGAUCUGACAGGAAAUUACAUCACACGGUUGAGUGGGGCGGAGGAGAGGAAAGGAGGGAUGGGGAAAAAGACUAAUUUCUUCAGUAUUUCUUCUAUCGAUUACUUCUCCUUCUUGUUCUUCUUCGGACAUUGGAGCUUGGUUCUUCUGUUGCAUUCGCUCAGCCUCCUUUGAUCUUUUUUGGAGUCCAAAAUUUGAUGGAAACCUGCAUGAUUGAAUAAAUACAUACUAGAGAGGAAAUCUAACUGGUGUGGGUGGGACCUGGGGGCUUUAUAGGAAACUUUGCAUUUAGGUUUACAAAAGAAGUUCUCUUCUUUCAGACUCUCUCUCUCUCUCUCUCUCUCUCUCUCUCUCUCUCUCUCUCUCUCUCUCGUACAUCUCAAAUGUAAUUUUAGCUUACUUUUUACCCGAAACAGGCUUUGACAGUCGGCUGUUUUGUUUGUCUCAGUUUUCUGCCGACACGGUUACAAAGCUUCGUUUCUACAACCUGUUAAGACGGGAAACACUGCAGGCUCACAUUAAAGUUUCCUGUUGAUCUUGAGAAACAAGAGGGAGAAAGAGUGGGGAGAAGCGGACUUCUACCACACUUAAUUUAUUAUUGUUAAUGAUAGUCUUAUGAAUAAUGAUAUCAAUGUCAAUGCAAAACGAUGAUGACAAUGAUGAUACUGAUGAUUGAUUGAUUGAUAGAACUGCUGUAGAUUUGUUGUCAUGUUUUUGAAGUUUAUCUGUGCUAUGUCCAUCUUGUUUACAUCGGUUAUAUUUUUAUCCCCCCCAUUCAAUGACGUUUACCGGGUUCCUGAUGCCUUCCUGCAACGUUUUGGGGCAAUGACGGCUUGGGAACAUUCACUUAGCAGCGUUGCGUGUUGUAACGCAACUCUUACGAUACACUCUCUCUUCAGAAUGGUGGAGGUAAAGGUCAGGGGAGCUUCCUGCUACCUGACUUGCAAUGAUUCAUGGGGUCAGUACUCUUGUCAAGCCUACCCAGAGAUCAAGAAUUCAUGCAGGGGUAGACCAGGUCAUUGAGAAUGUGGAAGAGUUUGUCUGCCUUUUACAAUGCAAAGGUUUCACAUAACCCUGUUUUACUGAAGUUUGAAUUCUUCCACUGGCAGCCAAAAAACGAAUCUCAAUCUUUUCCCUCUGUCAGGUUCUGUAGUUUUGUUGUGAGAUUGGUUGCCAGCAGUGACAACACAGUAUCGGUGGUACAGUGUUAAUGUCAGUUAGUAUCCGGUGGUGUUCUCUUUUUUUGCCACCCGGGGGCAGUUAUCAGCGCACAUUAUCUGCCCUGACUUCCCCCUCUGUAGGACAGCCUCCGCGCCACAUCCUGGUUUCUAGAUCUGCUUACGCCUGUCUCUUAUAUCUUUGUAAGAUAUAUAGAUGUAGUCCCAUCCUAGUCAAGAAAUGUGGAUGUAGCCUGGGAGACGCCAUAUCUGUCCGUUUUAUUGUCCGUCCUUCGGCCUGCCUGUCUGUGCCAAUGCUGACCCCUCCUCCAGCCCCUUCUCUCAGGUCUGGAUAACCAGAGUUCAGUCACCAAAUCACCUAUCCAAUAAUAUGAAGUUGUAGCAAAGCUGAGACUUCUUCUGCCAAAACCCACUUCAGUAUUCACCAACCUCUCUGUCCUCAUUUAAUUUUUAUUUUUCUGUCCAUUUGCUUUGACAUCUGUUCUUUCAGCUUGCCAGAGAGCGACACUGAAGACACAAAGGCAUUACAGGACAGAAAUGCUUAGGACUAAUUAUCUCAUCCUUAUUGUUAUGAGGGACAACAAUUAUUGAAUAUUCAAUAACUCUAGGACAAGAUGAUAAAGUAUAGAUACAUAUAGAUGAUAAACUAUAAAUCUAGAUAUAGUACAGUAGAUGUAGUUAUAGAUAACAGACAGAGUUUAAUUAAAGUUUCAGAUAUUUAUUUAUUUUGCAUACCGUUCAUAUUCAUGACACGGUCAACGAUCUAGCUACUCUUGAAACCUCGCACUGUUUUCUUCAGUCGCAGAAGCCAGUAAACAAACCCCAGUCCACGUGUUUUGACUCUAUGCAGACCUCAUAAGCAUCCUCAUUAUAUUAUUUUGUAAGAGAAACUGCAGCGCUGUGGAACUGUAACGGAUUAAUUAAACUGGAACACGCGGAUCUGAGAAAAUGUUAAGAUCGACACCACGUUUGCACACGCCACUUGACAUCACAUCCACAGUGAAACCUCUGUCUUUCAUGUACCUCUGUCGCUGUCUAAUUCCCCCCUCUUCUAGAGGAUCCCUUUUCCCUCCCCGUCUUUCUCUCCUCUCCCAAAAUAUGUUGCCUCCAGGCCUAGUAAUGAGCAUAGCAUAGUGAAGAUGUCGAUUGGGGGGGGGGGGGGUGUUUUGUUGAUUGUUAAAUUGUUUGGCUGGAGUAGAGGGACACAAACCCGAAACCCCUCUGCCCUCACUUCCCAUAAAGAGAGGUUACGGCAGGUGGGGACGCUUCCCCAAAACCCCCUACAGAGCCACAGUGCCUUCUGUAUCAGAGUCACAUUCGUCACCCCCCAAUCUCUUUGCCCCUAGCCAAUCCUGUCUACCCCCCACCCAUUGUAGGAGUUGAGAUCAACCACACUACGCCUUAAAAGUCAAGUCUCACAGGCUCCCAUGCUAGCAUAGAAACAGGGAGAGCUGUGAUUUUGAGACUGGGCCAGAGGAAAUAGCCAAAAGGUUGGACUUGAUGUAGGGAAAUCAAUAUCACAUCCGGUAUGGGCUUAAUCACUUUAAACUCCCAUUCAAAUAUCCACACAGUUUAAAUUAGAGCCUCGUGUUUUUGACUUUUAAAGACUCAAAUGGUCAUUGUUGAUAUACCGGAUGCUGCUAACAGGCUAGCCCUCAUGGCUUCACCUCCCUUUUAGGCGUGGCAUGUUUCGGCCAUCGGAGAGAUGUCGUGGGUCCAGUUUCAGGCGGUGUAGUGAAAGGUUUACAGAGGUGCAAAGCAGUUGGCUUACUUCUCAGGUCCCUCUAGUGUUAGGUAGCUAGAUAGUUAGACAACAUAGGGAUGAGUCCGCUACGAAACAAGCAGGCCUUGGAUUGGGUUAUUGUAUGGUUUUACCUGGCGUGGCAUUAUACGUAGUAAUGUUGACCUCCCCACCCCUUCCUUUCACUAACCUACAUUACACACUCUGACCAUUCACCUCCCCAUCCGCCGCCUGCUAACGUACCAACACUCCAAGCUUGUUGACAGACAGGCAGGAACACCCCGCCUCCAUUUUGGCUCCACAACACCACUCGCUUGUCCAGAAUUGUAACAGCGGAUCCAAAAUGGCCGACACACAACACUGCCCUUGUGUGAAAGCAUGUUGUGUGUUCUUUUCCGAGAGCGAAUCCCAUUCUUUUGGGGAAAAAUAUAACAUCUGAUCUUUCUUGUUUAUGUGGUUGUUUCACUGAUAUUUUUGAAAGAGGUUGGGGGGAUUGAAGGUUUUUGCUCAGCCAUUACUUCUCUCCACGUCUGCUUUCUGCGUCUUCACCUCCGAGUUCUGUCACCCAUCAGUCUUAACCUCCGACUAAUCAUUUUUUUCUUGUCUUCUUCAUUAUGGGACGAAGGAAAAGCUAACAAACACACCAACCCAUCCACUCAGUCGGCUGUGAAAUUGUGUCAGUUGGGCAGUUGUGAGGCAACGUGUCGACAAAAACAUGAAUAAGGGCUCUCUUUAAAAAAAACUACACAGUGGGUUUUAAUGUACAGUAGUGCUGCCAAAAGUUGUGCUUAUGUAGCUGAAGCCACGCUGUGGUCUCCCCUUUGUACAGCACUAGAUGUGUGCAUGCGUGUGUGUGGAGGGGGUCAAGAGUGAGACAGGGAGGGAGGGACGGGAGGGUCAAAAGGCAAUGAGAGAGAUUUUAAUUAUGUAGGGGUCCUGUUUGGGGUGGAGGGGAUAGUUUUGGGGAGGGAGGAGCAGCAGCAGCAGAGGUCGUAGUGAUGUUAACACACAAUUUCACAAUGGCACUGGACCACUUUUCAGACUCAUCCUCAUGCUCAAAUGCCAUUUUGUCACCGUCACCCCACCCACUCUUGGUCGCACUUUGAGGGGGGCGGAGUUACUGCUGCGACAGGGAGACAUUCACUGUAUGUUUGUGUCUUGGUGUCUGUGAGAGUGUGUAAAAGUAUAUACAUGUAUAUGCAGGUGUUUUGAGCGCCGUGCGAGUGUGUUGAGGGCUGAAACUGAUUAUUUUUAUCAUUGAUUAAUCUGGCAAUGAUCAAUUCAUUAGUCAUGUAGUCAGAAAAUGUUUUUAAAAAUGCAACUUUUUCAUGUUUUAUAUAUUUUUUUGUUGUUUCAGGACUACUGGUGUAUAUCAGCUGUUGAGCUAUACCCUUUAGAUAGAUAAGGUAAAAUAAGAUAGAAAAACAAUUUCCUUUUUCUUUUUCUCAAUAUACAUAGCAUUUCUUGUAAAGUAAAAUAAAAUAUGAGUAAAACUACAAAUACUUAAAUGAAAGUGUGGUGACUAUUUGACAAAUUACCACAAGUAAGUGAAAGUAGCAAAUCCUCCUCGAACCAGACACCUAGGCAUUUUUGGUUAAUAAACUACUUAAACAUUUAAAAGCGGGGUAUGCGAUUCUAAUCCAAUACACCUCUUUUGUCAAAUUCAGCAAAUACCUCCUUACGGUGCGCUGGAAAAAAAUUCUGGUGUUCGUACACAGCCCUUGCCUUGUAAAUGGGAAACAAAUAAAGUGGCCCGCCACACAACACUAUUCCAACCAUUCCAGCCAUGAUUAGUGUGUCAGGUAACAUUAGAUGAGUUUCCCGGGGACAUUCAGCUUACUUUCUUGUUUGCCAAGAUAUUCUGUUAUGAUGAUAGCCAUAGUAGCAGGAGAGUUGUGAGUAUCGCUGUCUGGAGCUGGUGUGCGGGCUUCGCCAGCAGCUGUAGCAACAGUUUAAAAACCCACAACUUAGCUAAUGUUCGUUAAAUUACUUGCUGUGUCGUUGUUCACUUUAUAUCAUGGUACUGGAUUUCUCCAGAAUCAAAUUGAUUAUCAGUAUUAUUGUUUUAUUGUUGGGUUGAUUAAUCAAUUAAUCAACUAAUCGUUUCAGUACUAAGUGUGUGUGUGUGUGUGUGUGUGUGUGUGUGUGUGUGUGUGUGUGUGUGUGUGUGUGUGUCCUUACACCAUCAGCUACAGUAGGUAACCCUCAGUGCCUUACACUGUACAGGACACAAUGAUUUGUCCUUCUGAGACAAUCACAGCGCACACACAUAAGAUUUUAAUGUCCUCACCGCCUUCUUCAUCCUCCUCUCUCCCUACCUCACCUACUCUUCACCUUCCUUUUGGAUCAUUAAGUCAAGUCUGGAUGGGUGAGGGUGGAGGGGGAGGAGGGUCAGUAGAUAAUCAUGUAAUUUCUCUCACCCAUUCUCUCCUGUGCCGUUUAUUGUAUAUUUUGGCUCUGUAAUUCUUGUGUAUAUAAUCCAUAAACUUUCUGAAAAACUCAUUGUGUUCAUCUUAUUUUCAUUAAUUCUGUCUUAUCUCGCUGUGUUUCAUUCGUCCUUCUCAGCAUCUUCACUUUGAGUUCAUCUUUCUGUUUCUCUCCCCUCCUCCCUCAUGUAACACCAUUCAUAAACACAAGGUGGUGGGAUUGAGCUUUCACCAUUAUCACUCAUUAUGAAAGGUGUACCCAAUGUCUGUAAAUGCCCUGUAGGUUGAAUGAGUUCAUGCUUGCCAGUUCAUGCUUGCGCAUGUGUGCGUGGGUGUGUUUUGUCUGUAAAUGGAUGACUGCAGUGUGUUUGCUGUGUGCUUGUCUUUGCAAAUGUCUUAAGUUCUUUAUGGAUUCCAGCAGGUAUUAGGGGUGAAUUUCCUGUUGAUUUCUGCACAAUAAUUUAUAAUUCAUUCACUUGCAUUAAUAAGUUAUAUUCUCCAAUUACUUUAUUUGUGUGCACAAAUUAACAGAAGAUUGUGUUAGCCCAUAAAAUACAAUAUGUUUAAAGCUGGACUAAUCAACUAGGGAGCAAAACAAAACCCUAAUAUAUUAUCACCUUAUGGCUAAAGUUUAUCCAGCAGACACGGAGUUGUGUUUGUGUCUCCCCAAUUAAUUAAAGUUCUUGUUUUAGCUCUGUUUUGGUCUAUAACAAAUUCUAAGAAAAAAUCUGAUAAACUGCUAGAUGUUUCCCAGCUAGUUGCUAACUUUAUCUGCUGUUUGUUGCAGAGAGUGAGGAAGGAGAAGGCUACUGAGACAACUUCUGAUGUAGCAUAGGAAAUGUUUGAGAGAGCGUCUUUGAUACUGGAUUAAGUUCAGUAAAUUGUGUGCACAUCUAUAGCCUACUGAAACACAGCUGCUAGCCUGACUUUAAUGCUGUGGGUGCUCCUUGCUAAUACCGUUAAUUUGAAGACAGGACUUAUUAAAGCGAGGAAUGAGGAAUACAUUUUUUGUGCAUAUGUUAUCAAACAUUGAUCCUCAGAGACAUGGGUGAAAUGUCUCCUGCUGCCGCCAUAGCAACUCUCAAGUCCCCUCUCUGUAUUUCCAUCUAUCUCCGUCUUUAUUUCAAAUUUUUCUCCAUUUGUUUCCAUUACCAUCAGCCCAGUGGAGACAUGUUGCUUCCAGAAGAUCUGUCCUCAUGUUUUGACGUCAGCGUGCUGGACGCUGGACGCCGAUCUCUCCCAAAACAUCUCAAGGUGCCCCAAGAUCAGGAAAUUAGCAGGAUCUAGUUUUAACCCUUUGUAGCACAGAUUUGAUUACUCUCUGACAAGUUGGAUUUAUUGUAAUGUCUUUGACUCAUGACUAGUCAGAGAAGAUUUUGGGGUCCUUGAACCGAACAUAUACCAGACAAAUAUUCUAACAGAAAUAUAAACAAUAAUGUGAUUGGUUUAGGUUUGCACAGGCCAAAAUGAACCAUUAGCUCCUUCACUGGACAAGGUUUUGGUAACCUAUCAUCUGAUAGAAGUAGAGAUUGAGGAGCCAAGAAAUCUGAAAAUGGAAUGUAAAGAUUUGGGACAGAUUUGUCUCGUCGUCUCUGGCUUUCAUACAGGUUUACACUAAAACCUGUAUUUUAACUAACAAUUUACUUGAUGUCGCUUUGCAGUUAGAAAUAUCACAAUCAUUUAUUAUUUAUGUUCCUUAUUACAGCUAUAUGAUUCUUAGGUGACAUUUGGUAAAAUAAUCAAACAGUUCAAACAUGCUAACAAGCUUAGGGAGUAAAAGCUUCAGAGUAAACUACUCCAAACAUAAAAUACAACAAAACAAAAAUAUUAAUGAUGAGAUUGCCACCAUUGGAUGGAGAAAAGCAGCUACAAAGGGUUAAAUAUAACUUCAAAGUAUCCAAAUACAAUAAAAGUCAGUGCAGAGACGCAUUGGGGAAACUCUCUGAAGCAACUACCAACCACCCAUCUCAUCACCAUGCAAACCAUCAGACACUUGACCCAGUAGAAACCGAACCAGUGCCACAGUAGAAAACCAUACAGGAUUCACUCAGUAAGUUGGGGGGGAAAAAAGAGAAAAAAUAAACAUACAUGGCAAUUUAAGAUAAAAGAGAAGUAUUUAAUAACAGAUUUGCAUGUGCAAUGUGCAUGCCACUAUGUGGGGUAACAAGUCAACUUCAGGAAUUAAAAAAAUAAAUAUCAAGAAAAAAGUAUAUAUGUAAAAAUAUAUAUAGAUAGAUGUUUUUAAGAGCAAUGUGUUUCUUUUUUCUUCUAUUUUUAAAAACAAAAAAUGAAAAAAAAACUUGACAAAAAAAAAAAAAACGAAAAUGAAACAAAAAAAAAAAUCAUCCUGAUAAAAAAAAAAAUGGAAAUGACUUUGGUGAUGAAAUCAAAGAAUGUUUGUUUGUUAUAUUUGCCAGUUAUUUCACGGGGAAAACCUGUGAGGGAACAAGGAUAGUUAACACUUUAACUAACAUUACAAAAAAAAAAGAAAAAAUGAUUUUAAAAAGGGGGAGAAGGAAUACAAAACUUUUCCUUAAUGAAAAACAAUCCCUUUGAGAGUAAAGAGCUGCCUGAAUCUGAAUCUGGUGAUGUUAUUCCCGUUUAUUCCGGCUAUGAAAUCCCUUCUUUCUCUCUCCCUCUCUCUUUCUCUGACCAUCUCCUUCUCUGUUUCUUUCUCUAUCUAUCUCUGCUGUUUCUACCAGUGCAUUUUGUAAUUUCAAACAGAACUCUUCCUAAAGAACCUGAAUAAACCAGAGAGAAUGCAUUCUACCCA